AUGCAGAAAAAUAUGAUGACUUGGAAGUGGCUACCACAGCGUGAUAUAUUUUUGUACCAAAAUGUGAAACUAUUCAUCAGUCACGGAGGUGUAUCUGGGAUAUACGAAACCGUGGACGCUGGAGUACCAGUUCUUGGAUUUCCUUUGUUUGGUGAUCAGCAAGGAAAUAUAGACAAUUUAGUCAACGCAGGAAUGGCUAUUUCAAUAGCCCUCUUGUCUAUAACAAAGGAUAGUUUCUUAAAAAUUUUUUUAGAACAUCUCAACAAUAAAAAGUACAAAGAAAAUGCUGAAACAGCUUCAAAAAUAUUCAAAGAUCGACCAAUGUCCCAAGCAGAACCCGUUGUUUACUGGACUGAGUAUGUUCUUCGGCACAAUGGCGCACCACAUUUGAAAUCUCUAGCAUUUAAGCUAAGAUGGUAUCAAUACUAUUUAUUAAAUGUCUUAGUUGUAAUAUUAGUUUUUAUUUCUGUUGUAAUUUUUAUCACUAGAAAAAUUGUCACAUCAAUUUGUGUGUAUAGUUGA